AUGAUGACUCAAGCGUUUCAGUCGAGUACGAUGAGUACUCACAGCAUGAAUCAGCACUUCGUACCUUCGCCGGACGUCAUGAUGACCAUCGUCUUCCCAACGAUCAUCUUUUGCAUCGGCAUGGUGGUUGCGAUGUUGAUUGGGAUCAAUAAAUGCAAACAAUGGGAAUUCGAUAAAAUCGUUGAGAUGCGACGAACCAGACGCGUGAUACAGCGAAUCACAGCGCGGCUGAGGGAGAAAAACUUUCGGACAAUACAAAGUAAGUCUUCUUCUUUAUUUUCGAGCUAAAACUCGCACAAGAUUAUCGCAGUUUCCCUUCGAAAUUACUCAUGUUAUCCUUUAGAAGCUCGCCACAUCCGAAAGCGUGCCGUCGCUUCCGUAGCGUCCGAAACGACCGUAAAUCGCAACUUCAAAGGUUCUCCAGCGCCACCAAUCUACUCCGACCGGUCUGUUCAGUUUUCUCCAGGCAAUUCGCCACCUCCGGCUUAUGAUGAUAUACUUGAUGACCUCUAUUACGAAUGCAUGCCUUCGCAUUUGAAAGCCAAAUACAAGGAGCAUUGGAAUUGUUAG